UUAAACGGAAACGGUGCUGUACUGAACGACCGGUUUAAAAACGGGUAUGGGUUGGGAACGCUGUCAGCAUGGCCACUGGCCUUUAAAGGCGUCAUUCGUUGCUUCAAGUCACACCCACCAAACGUGCCUCAAAGUCUGUUCAAGAACAUUUUGGGGAAUCGUGUCGUUCAGUACAAACCGUUCCGCAACGUAUCAAACGUUCAUGCGAACUGAAUGCACCUUAGGCAUUGUGAGAGCUGACAUGUCUGCAACCAGUCAGCCUGGAACACGGCCAUUCACUGCUAACACUGACACCCGAGUUAAGCAAUUAAUUCGGCACAGGUGCGACCUGGGUAAAUUAACCUCAGUGCACUCUCAGAGGCUACAAGAGUAGUUGGCGCGGGGUGCACUUUCCUCUUGAUUGAUAGUGUGCAACCGAAUAGACGACUGUUUUCAGGAGACAAUGAACGGGGUAGCCCACAAACAGGACUCGGGUCCUCGACAACAGCUUUUCAACUGCAACCAUGCUGGUUGUGGGGCGACGUUCAAACGGGAGUGGCGUUUGAAAGAGCACGAGACCGUGCACACGGGAGUGCAACCUUUUCAAUGCAACGUGGCUGAUUGUGGCCGUCGUUUCUCACGGAAAUCUCACCUGAGUCGCCACGCACUUGGCCACACCGGGGUGAAACAAUUCAGAUGUACCUUUGUGGGUUGCACAAAGGCUUUCCUCAACGCGGACAAGUUGAAGAGACACGUCCAUUAUGCCCACGGGGAAAAGGACAAGUACUUUAAGUGCAAUUUUCCAAAUUGCUUAUUGACAUUCAAGAAACGGAGGGUGUAUAAAUUACAUUUGAAGGAGCAUGGAAUAUCUUCUAAUUUCAAAUGUUCGAAGAGGGGAUGUGGAGUCAUGUUUGACACCAAUGUCGCUCGCAAAGCCCAUGAGAAGAAACAUGCAGGGUACCGCUGCCCACAGCCUGAAUGCAAUCAUUUUGAGCAAACCUGGGGGAAAAUGCACAAGCACAUGGCCAAACACCCAGCCACAUUCACCUGUAAGCUGUGCCAGAAGGUGUUUAAGCAUGUGGACUCUCUGCGUAGACACAAGCGAACCCACGCCCUGCAGAAGCCUGUCCUGCUGUGCCCCAGCAGUGGCUGCAAGGCCUACUUCUCCACUACCUUCAACCUGCAGCACCACAUCCGCAAGACCCACCUGCAGCUCCUCAAGUACCAUUGCUGCUUCCCCGAUUGCCCCAGAACCUUUGCCAUGCGGGAGAGCCUAAGCAGACACCUGGCUCACCAUGACCCAGAUGCCAACCCUGAGAAGAAGAAGCGCAAGCGGCCCAAGAAGGCCUGGCAGAAGCGUCUGGAAGGCCACCAGCUGCCCCUGGUGGAGGAUGACCUGCGGCACCUCUUCGCCUUGCGCAUGAGGGUGUCACGACGGGCCAAGGUGGAGGUUAACCUCUCAGGCCUCUUCAACGAGCGCAAGAUCCCCCACUUUGUCGACUCGGAGGUCAACCUGCGUGACCUCUUCAGCAUCAAGCCCACUCAUUCCUCCUGCACUGCAGAGCGUGUCCCUGUGGAGGUCACCCACCCAGAGGUCACUGAUCAAAGGUUGAACUUGUAGCCUGAAAGUGUCAUAGUACCAUGUUGAAGUAAAUGCAAGUGAAGUACCAUUGCUCUUUUAGUUGAGCUUAACUGAGGUUUUGAAUGAUUUAAAAUAUAAUUUUUUUAUAGUGCAUAUAAAGCGAUUGGUCUUAUUGUUUUCCUGUAUAAAAGCACUUGUUUGUCCUUUGCGUGAUCAAAGCCGACCCCAAAAAAGAAGUAAAAAUUUGCAGCCAAGUCAUUGUUUGUCUAAAUGUUUAGGUCUGGGGAAGAUGGGACUGUGCCACCUAGUUUCUCUCCCAACUAAAAAAGUAAUGACAUCUCAGGGUGGUCAAUUACCCUGCAUCAGUCCUUAGUGUAAACCACAAGUUGGGUCGUGUGUCUCAGAGGGAGGUUAUGACUGUCGUGGUUUAAUGAUGCCAAAGAAUGCAACCUGAACCAGUCAAGCAAAGUUUUGGAACAGGUGUUUCGUGUGAUGUCAGUUUACUAGUGCCUUAACAGGUGUGCAGUUUGACUUGCAUUGGAAGUUAACUUUUCCUUCCAACACCCAUUAAAUAUGAAACAAAAUCGGACCUAUGAGUAACGAGUCCCCCACCAUUGAUUCUUCAAAGUGCAGGGCUCUGCUCGGGCACCAGGUCCAAUUCACUAGAGAACUCUCUAAUCCAAACAUCCGGUAGAGGGGGAGAGCUGCAGUAUAAAAUCGUCAGCUUUACAAUUGUGCCUAUUGAAAGACUGCAGAAUAAUUGAACUGCGCCGUCUGACCAGUGACAGAUUGUAUCAGACAUUUCUUCCCUCAAUCGCUUCCUAUCUGCCACUUACACUGAAUUGCUGUGUAAUAUGGCUAGCUUUCUAGUGUUCGUUCCAUCAGAAGCUCAUAUCACUUCAGCUGACUGGUAAUGGCAUGUCUCUGCUCGAUUGCUUCCUACAGAGCGCUCUCCCUGUCAUGAUUAAAGCACAGUACGUUUCCAGCUGAACUGGAAAUGCUAUAAAGCUAUACUGAACAAAAAUAUAAACGCAACAAUUUCAAAGACUUUCCUGGGUUACAGCUCAUAUAUGGAAAUCGGUCAAUUUAACUUCAUUGGGCCCUUGUCUAUGGAUUUCCCGGAACCCCACCGCCACCAUAAACGAAACUUUACCUUAUUUCUAUCACGGAAUCUGUAACUCUUCAGCUUCACCUCAACAGUUUGAAUCACUUUUUACCCUGUCGACUCACCAGUUGUUGAAAAUGGACUGAGUGCAGGAAGACUAACUUGUAAUCAUUCACAUUGUGUACUUUAUACAAAAUUAAUGAGUUGUACAGAGAUCCUCUUUCACACACUGGCGUACCAUCAUAUUCCAAAGUGUCUAGUUGUCCAAGUCCUGUGUUGUGGCUGUAAUAUGGCUGGGUCCAGUUGGACAUUUCAAAGCCUUUGCUAAGCCCCCUUCCAGCCUACCGUUGGAGCUCUAUUGGAGUACUUACUUUUGAUGUGUUUUCUGCUGCUGUUGUGGUGCUCAUUCUCCAGGGCUCCUCCUGCCGCCUCAGGCCACGUCAGCUCGUAAUCUUUCACAUAAAUCUGGCCUAUAUGUCUGCUGCUCUGCUGGUUAACGACCCACACCAUGGAGAGGGAACACACAUGAGCAUUUAUAAUUACUUUGGUUUUGGUGCUUUGUGUGAAAUGUUUUUACAACAGAUUAGUCCAUUAGAGAGUCUGGUGUCCAAAGCGUAAUUGAAAUAUAAAUGAUUCCCCAGUGUUCAGGGUGAUACAGGGUUAAUUAAAAAUUGUGAGUGUUUGAGGGUUUUCAAAACAAUGUGUUUCUUUGAUUUCUGAUUUAUUUUAAUGAGACAUCAGGGGGUCUCUAAGAAUUUACAGUUGAAAUUCAGCAGACUAGUUGUUUGGAAGAUGGGCCCUGGCUGACUCCAUGGUAAUAAAACAUUUACAAUUCAGCAUA